AUGUCGGCACUUCCAGACAAGAUCGGCUCCCUCCUCUUCUGUCCGAAUUGCGGUUCUUUGCUCGACGUUCCUGGCGACGAGGACUUUAUCAAGUGCGCUCCGUGCGGUGCUGUUCAGAAUGCAAAAGUCUACGACAACCUCUCGAUCGUAACACGCUCCCACCCCUCGGCAUUCCCAUCAGCGUUACGUCAGAAACGUCAACUCGUCAACACAGCAGCCGCCCUCGGUGACGACAACAAACCACAGGAAGCUACCAUCAAGGAAAAGUGCCCAGGGUGCGGCAACGACGAGAUGAACUUCCACACGCUUCAGCUCCGUUCGGCGGACGAAGGUACAACCGUCUUCUACGACUGCCCCAAAUGCGGUUACAAGUUCAGCCAGAACAACUGA